AUGGAGGCCCUGCAGAGGCAGCAGGCAGCUCGGCUGGCCCAAGGGAUGGGGCCGUUGGCCCCUCCUCGCCUACAGCUGCCACAGCCUCCCCUACCUGGUCCUCGGACCAUGCAGGCUCCUGAGGGAGCCUUGAGGGAGGUUGGGGCUGAGGAGGAGGAGGAAGAUGCUGAAGAGGAUGAGGAAGGGGAAGAAGCCAGAGCUGAAGAGGAGGCAGCUGAGGAAAGUCAUCCAGGGGCCCACAGCCCCAGCUCACCUUCCAGCCAGCCCCCUGGACCCCAUCCCCAUGAGUGGACCUACGAGGAACAAUUUAAGCAGCUGUAUGAGCUUGAUGCAGAUCCCAAGAGGAAGGAGUUUCUGGAUGACCUGUUUACCUUCAUGCAGAAGAGAGGGACCCCAGUGAACCGCGUACCUAUCAUGGCAAAGCAGGUGCUGGACCUGUACGCAUUGUUUCGCCUGGUGACAGCCAAGGGCGGCCUGGUGGAAGUCAUCAACCGAAAAGUGUGGCGAGAGGUCACUCGCGGCCUCAGUUUACCCACCACCAUCACCUCUGCAGCAUUUACCUUACGCACCCAGUACAUGAAGUACCUCUACCCAUAUGAGUGCGAGACUCGGGCGCUCAGCUCCCCGGGAGAGCUCCAAGCCGCCAUAGACAGCAAUCGGCGAGAAGGACGUCGCCAGGCUUACACCGCGGUCCCGCUCUUCAGUGUAACGGGGCCAGGCCCUCGCGGCGCUCAGGGUGCAGCCUUAGGUCCAUCCCCAGGUCCUGGCCCCGCCCCGCCCGCGCCCCCGCUUGCGCCGGGCCCGGCUCAGAGUUCGGCUUCUGGCCUGCCUGCACACGCUUGUGCCCAGCUAAGCCCUAUUAAGAAAGAGGAAAGUGGAAUUCCAACCCCUCGUCUGACAUUACCUGUGGGUCUGGCUUUGGGGCCUGCACGAGAGAAGCUGGCACCAGAGGAGCCUCCAGAGAAGAGGGCUGUACUGAUGGGCCCCAUUGACUCAUCUCGGCUUGGUGCACCCCCCAGUUUCCUGCCCCGGAGCAAAAUUCCUCUGAGGGAAGAGCGCCUGGAUGGACCUCUCAAUCUGGCAGGCAGUGGCAUCAGCAGUAUCAACAUGGCACUGGAAAUCAAUGGGGUGGUCUACACUGGUGUCCUCUUUGCCCGCCGCCAGCCUGUGCCAGCUUCCCAGGGCCCAACCAACUCUGUACCCCCACCCUCUACAGGGCCUCCUUCUAGCACCUUGCCCUAAGAAUUCCCACUUAGAACUAAGAGUCCCGGCUCCAUUUCUGAGGGCGAGGUGGCACCAUUCCACCUUGGUCCUUUCAGGAUGCCUACUCUGGAACUCAGUUCUGGGAGAUGACAGCACCCUACCUCCAUGCCAAAGAAAUUUCUUUUGAUGUUUCAUCUACCUCAUUGUAAAAAGAGGGCACCUCCUCCCCAGCCAGGUCUAGCAGUAUUUACCAAAGAAUUCCCCCAGUACACCCUAUCAUGUAUCUUCUCAUGUGCCUCCUGUGUCAGUAUCAUCUCUGGUACCCUAUCUAUUUGAGUCAACCCUGCUUUUCUCUUCAGGAGCUAGGUGAAGGGCUGAAGCAUUGUAGGAGACAUCCCUCAGGUAGUAUUUGGAAAAUAAAGCUAUGCCCCCUCCUUCUCCAAUGUGUCCUCUUA